AUGAAGUUCUCCGCCAUCGCCCUCUUCGCCUCGCUGGCCAUUGCCGCGCCCGCCACGGAAGCCAUUCAGGAGCGACAGAUUGGUGGUGGUCCUUGCGCUGGCGGCGUCACCAACAACAUCCCCAAGUGCUGUGGUUCUGGUAUCCUAGAUCUCCUGUACCUGGACUGCGAGACUCCCACUCAAGUCACUUCCGUUCUCAACCCCCUGAGCGCCGUCUGUGGCCGUGUUGGUCUCCAGGCCAAGUGCUGCACACUUGGCAUCGCCGACCUUGGUGUUCUGUGCCAGGAUGCUCUUCCCCAGUAA